AUGAAUUAUGAGGAGUUUCCUACAGAGAAUGGGACUGUUCCCCUAACUGCCAUGCGGAAAAUCUCACCCAUGAGUUUCAUGGCUCAUAAGCUAAGAGAAUUAAAACGACCCAGUCGACUCCGUAGUCGUAUCUUCUUCUCUCUAAUAUUCAUAUCUUCUGUGGUUCUCAUUGUUCUUGGUAAAUGGCACGCAUAUAAAAUUCAACACUCGGCAUCACAAUUUGGCUCCUACGUUCCUGAAAAAUUAGCGGGAGCUUUCGCACCAUACACAAUCAUCGAAAGCUCUGAAUGGGACAACACUAUCCCAUUCCCUAACAAUGAAACCAACACCAAUACAGAUACAAUUCCAAAAUUUCAUCUUGUAAUCCCCGCCCGCAAGAAGUCGCUCAAUCUCUGCAAAACUCUCUUCACCGCAUCUAUCCUAAAUUACCCACCUCCAACACUCCUAGGCUUUAAAUUGAAAUCGGAUGAAACUGAAGAGAAAGAGAAAGAAACAACCACGUUACAAGAAAUACAAGAUACGCUUGAUUUUCUCAAUGGGAAAGAUAUGCACGAUGAUGAUUUGGUGCUACUUUUGAAUGCGAAUACGUGGCUGCAACUUCCGGGCGAAAUUGUCAUUGGGAGGUUUUUGCGAAAUAGGAGGGAAGUGAAUGAGAAGUUACGUGAAGAAUAUGGAGUUGAGAAGAGUACUGAGGCGGGUACUGGAACGAUAGGGAAAGUGGGAUCGCAGAAAUAUACACAGAAAGUACUUUUUGCCGCGAGAAAAGAUUGUGCUGGGAUGGAUAGGGCUGAGCGAGGAGAUGAGGAAGAGGGGAAGGGGGAAUCUUGUUAUGGGGAUGUGAUUCCCCAAUUUCCUUUAUUGAAGAAUAAAGGGGGAAAGAUGGAUCAAUAUACGGAGUACCCUCGCUUUAUCGAAAGCUCGUUGGCGAUGGGAAAAGUGCGGGAUAUGAAGAUACUUUGGAGUCGAGCGUGGGAAAUUGCGCAAGAGCGGGGUGGGGAUGGCAAAGGAAUGAAACGAUAUUCGAUACAGGAGGUUAUGACGCAGAUUUUUUGCGAACAGGAAGGGGGAAGAGUAGAGAGACGGAGGGCGGAGGAUUGGAGAUGGAAGGGGUGGUUGGAGGGGGUUUUGGGGGGUUUGAUUUCUGGCGAGGGGAGGGGGCGGGGAGGUAGAGAGAGGAAUGGGAAUGGGAAUGGGAAUCGGACGUUGGGGGUAGGCGGGAAUAGCGAGAGGGGUGAUGGGGAGUUUGGAAUCGGAGUAGAUUAUGCAUCGGGGAUUUUUCACACGGUAGGGAAAUCGGGGGAGGAACUGAAAAUUUUGACGAUUGGAGAAAACGAAAGCAGGAAGCAGAUCGUGAGCAGAAGAGGAGUUAUCAAGGAGCCAGUGAGAGAUAUCACGAUAUUAUCUGCGGAAUUGGAAAAUAUUCCUGGACCGCUGGAUGGAUGCGGUGUCCCAGAUGUGGAUACAGAUAAAGACGCGGGUAAAGAAAAAGAUAUCAGUCAAGCGGUCAAUGAUCUCAGAGCGGCGAGAGAGAAAAAUGUUUCGUGGGAUUCUAUACCAUUUCUUACGUAUAGUGAUGGUGAUGGUGGUUUCAGUGGGGUGAAUUUAAAUUUAAAUCUUCGGGUUCCGGUGUCUUUUUCUUUUGGGUUGGGUUUAGAUUUUGGUUCUGGUUCUGGUUCUAGUUCUGGUUCUGGUUCUGAUUCUGGUUCUGGUCUGGGUGGGCAGGAGAAAGACGCAAAGAAAGAGAGAGAGAAAGAAAAAGAGAAAAAUAGAAAAGAUGAAGAAUCCUCACAAAAACAAAUAUGGGAAAAAACCUGGUGGAGAAAAUGGGGGAAACAGCUCUGGGAAGUGUGUACGAAAGGAGUGGGAGAACAGAGGUGGGUGGUGGGAGGGGAUGGGAAGGGAGAGGGAGAAAGAGGGACGUGGAUUGAUGGGAGAGGAGGGAGGGGUGGCGUGUGGACGGGUGAGAGGAUGUGGAUUGAGUGGGGGGAGGUUUGUGGGGGGGAGGAGAUGGAUGAGGUGUGGGGAAAGGGAGAUGGGUAG